UAAAGCGGAUCGGCGAGAGCCAUGAGCGGCCGCAGCUGAGCACCCCGCGGCAUUCCCGCUUUUCCCAGCGGCAAUCCCCCCCCUUCCCCGGCUUUUCCAGCAUGUCCUUCGCCAUGCUGCGCUCGGCGCCGGGGCGCUUCCUGUACCCCGAGAUCAGCGCGCUGUCCGAGGACGAGGAGAACAGCGAGAGCUCGGGCUCGGAGGAGAAGCCCUUCCACAUGGAAGGCGGCGGGUUCGGAGAGAAGGGAGGCAAGCGGCGGAGCGGCAAGAGCCGCGGGAGGAUGUCCCGGGAGCCGCGGCAGCGGCACACGGCGAACGCCCGGGAGCGGGACCGCACCAACUCGGUGAACACGGCGUUCACGGCGCUGCGCACGCUGAUCCCCACCGAGCCGGCCGACAGGAAGCUGUCCAAGAUCGAGACGCUGCGCCUGGCCUCCAGCUACAUCUCGCACCUGGGCAACGUGCUGCUGCUCGGCGAGGCCGGCGGAGGAGGAGGAGGAGGAGGAGGAGGAGGAGGGCAGCCGUGCCACGGCGGGGCCGCCGCUUUCUGCGCCGCCGCCGCCGCCGCCGCAGCCGCCGCCGCCGGGGGAGCGUCGCCGCCCGGCCGGGAGGCGGAGAGCGCGCAGCCCCGGCAGAUCUGCACCUUCUGCCUCAGCAACCAGCGGAAAAUGAGCAAAGACCGGGACAGGAAGACGGGACAGCUCCGGAGCUAGGCCGGGAAUUCCAGCCGGGAAUUCCAGCCGGGAAUCCCAGCCAGAGCAGGGAAAGCCACGCUGGCGGAUUCCCGGAUCCAGGGACGUUUUCCUGCCGGAUCCCGCGGGAAGAGCGGCACCGACAUUCCAGCGGAUCCCAAGGGACACAGAGGAUGUGCCGGAAUUCCGGGAUAUCCAGGGAAUGCACCCACAGAGCCCCAGGGACGGCGGAGCCGCUCCGGGAACCCUCGGGAAUUCCUGCCCUGGGAUUCCGGAUCACGGAACACUUGGA